GCGAGAGAGAAACCUGUGGGAGGCGGGGUGAGGGGGAUGGGACUGUGAAUGAUAAGAGCUGAAGGGAAGACGGUCUGAUAUUGUGGUGAGUGCUCGUGAGGAUGACGAUGCCGCAUGUAGGCGCAGUGUUUGCUGCAAUAGCAGGAGUGAUGGCCAUCAUGCUGCACUCCUCCAUUCACAAGAUAGAAGAAGGACACCUGGCAGUAUACUACAGGGGUGGAGCAUUGCUGACCAGUCCAAAUGGUCCUGGAUAUCACAUUAUGCUGCCUUUCAUCACCACCUACAGAUCAGUGCAGACGACGCUCCAAACUGAUGAGAUCAAGAAUGUGCCUUGUGGAACGAGUGGUGGUGUGAUGAUCUACUUUGACAGGAUAGAAGUUGUUAACAUGCUUGUACCACUUGCAGUAAUUGACAUUGUGAGGAACUACACAGCUGAUUAUGACAAAACUCUGAUUUUCAACAAGAUUCACCAUGAACUGAACCAGUUCUGCAGCGUACACACACUACAGGAGGUCUACAUUGAGCUGUUUGACAUUAUUGAUGAGAACCUGAAGACUGCUUUGCAGAAAGAUCUAAAUGUUAUGGCACCUGGACUCACAAUACAGGCCGUCCGUGUCACCAAGCCAAAGAUCCCCGAGUCUAUCAGGAGGAACUUCGAACUCAUGGAAGCUGAGAAGACUCGCCUGUUGAUCACCGCUCAGACUCAGAAGGUGGUGGAAAAGGAAGCAGAGACUGAGAGGAAGAAGGCUAUUAUUGAGGCUCAAAAAGUGGCCCAAGUUGCAGAGAUCCAGUUCCAGCAGAAGGUGAUGGAGAAGGAGACGGAGAGGAAAAUCUCAGAAAUAGAGGAUGCUGCCUUCCUGGCAAGGGAGAGGGCCAAAGCUGAUGCAGAAUAUUACACUGCUGCCAAGUUUGCUGAAGCAAAUCGGUUGAAGCUGACCCCAGAGUACCUGGAGCUGAUGAAGUACCAGGCCAUAGCUGCUAACAGUAAGAUCUACUUCGGCCAGGACAUUCCUAACAUGUUUGUGGAAGGAAACAACAACCCCCCUAAGUCUGGGCACUCCUCUAACCUGCCCAAUGAGCAGCAGGACUUACUGAAAACAAAACCAAAGGGGCAGUGAGUCCUGGGCUCUGCCUCUGCACAGAACAGGAGAACCUGUGGAGGAUCUGAGAGCUCUGAACAGACAAUGACAGGUGGAACAGCUUUGCAGCUAGUGUGCUAAACUACACACUUCAGUCUUAAUCUGAAUGGCAAAAAGGGAGCGUGACAACUUAAGGACAAGCAUAAGCGAGUCCUAGGAAUGAUGCCAUAGUUAAAUUCAAAAGCAUAAUUGAUGCUAAUGCCUGGGAAGGUGACAGCAAGUAGUCGCCCUAAUUUACACGUGCUUGCAAUCAGUGCAGUGUUUAACUUUGCUGUUGGAUCUGCAUUCAUUUUGUUCUUUGUAUGCAAGAAGAGUGAUUUGUUCUGAGAUGAUUCUUAAUGAUUAAUUUCUGGCUAGGCUGAACUGGAACCUGGACAGGUGACACUAAUUAAUAGUGUGAUGAUUUUGUGAGGUGUGUGACAUGGGUAGGUCGUCUGUGCCAUCUUCUCUAACACUAAUUCACUGGUCGGCUCUUUUCUCAAUGCCAGUGCGAGGGCUGUUAAUGCACACAUUGGAUAAAAUGACAGGUCAUGUAAACCAGUUUGAUUACACAUGUAAGGUUGUCAAAACUUUCAGUUCUUUUUUUACCAGGUGUUUGUUAACAAAUUCUCUGCCCUUUAAUGAACGAUGGUAUGGAAAAGUACCUAAGCUUUAAUAAACACAAGUAUUUCAUAACGGAGGUACUUAGGAGAGGGAUGACUCUAUCAAAAAUUGCAAGCUAACUUGUCCAUGCUACCCAGAGCCUGGUUUAUACUUCUGAGUUAAAUCUAUGCUGUAGCUGCACUGUAGGGACUUACACCAUUAUGAGCUCUUCAUACUUAUGCAUUAGUAAGUCUGCAUCACUCUACAAAACCCCACCUAAGCACUAGUGAGUGGUGGGAGUUUAAUGCCCGUUUUCAAGUCUGCCGCUAGAUUUUUGGCUUGUUUGCAUACAGGAAAUGAUGAGAGUUUAAACCGAGUGUAGAAAUAUUGAUCAGCUGUUGAUUAAAGAGCAGUAAAAGAAAAAAAAGAAAAAAGAAAAGAGGAGACAUUAAAGGAAGAAAUGUCCAUCCACUGAAUCAGCCAAGACAGGGGCUAGGGGAGUUUUUGCAGUAGUUUGGCCACUAAGAGAGACAUGGAUUAGGAUAUACACCUUUACACAUUUACACAUUUUAUCACAAUUAUACCUCAAGUUCUAUUUGAAGGAGAGCUGGUCUAUAUUGUCCUCUUCUGGAUACAUCAGGAACAGUUCAUAAUUGUUUUUCUUCUUCUUCUUGUCAGAGCAAAUGCUGGCCUGUGUCUCAUUGAGCGCUUCUGCUGAAGCUAUAAUUUCUCUCUUUGACCCCACCCCUCGGACAACCUGUGAACUGUACACACUCGAAGAGGUUGUGGGGCCGUCAGCAUAUGAUGAGCUGCCAGGCUGUCAACCAAAACGGGACAAGAGUCUCGUCGCAUAUUCUGACAUAGUGCCGUUGUGAACAACCAAAAUGUUGUGUAGUCCGGGUCCUUGAGAAGAGAGUGAGGCAGAGACAGAGGAUCAAACAGAGCAUGAGAACCUGGCUUCUGGAUUGGAAAGGAGUAAGAGGCUACAGAUGAGGGUUUAGAGCAAUGCCGACGUGGCUUGUUACAGCAUAGAUAUGAUGCAGAAGCAUACAUCAGGCUUUAGUUACACAACUUAGUUGGUAUGUUUUCAGUGGAGGAGAUGUUUGCAUUUUUUGAUAGCCUAAAAGAAAUCUCCAUGUAUUGUGUGCGUCAGACUUCUACUUUUGUUGCUGUGGUAUCUGUGUCUUUUGAUUUGUACUAGUAUCAUAUGAUAAAGUUUAAAAUUGUAAUGUCUUGACAACCCUACAUGUGGUUAUUUCACUGGAGCCUGUCCACUUUUUUUCGCUGAAACUAUCCAGAAGACCAAGCUGUGAAAGGUUCUUUUAAUGUUUUCACUCUUGAAGCAAGUGUCCUGACUUUAUUAAAUUUUCACCAGAGCCUGUGUGAAGUUAGAUACUCAUCUACAGACGCUCAAGUCUUUAAAGUUGGAGGGUUGUUCAUUUUGGAUAGUUCUUAUACACUGGUGCCAGUUUGGUGGUUAUGUUCUUCAUUUUCUUGGUGAUAGUAAGUGAGCGUUUUGCCAUCACUGAAAGACUUGAGAUGCUGUCUCUCUCCGAAAGUUCAGUCAAGUUGAUUGAUGGGUCAAAGAUGGUGAAUAUGGGGGUGAUAAAGUGAAGAAGUUGAUUUUUGUGCCACUGGAGGAUGUUGUGGUUUGUCUUCCUUGUAAAGAACUCUGAACGUCUUUUUCUUCCAUCUGAUUUUUGAUCAUCAGGGCCAUGCAUGUGUAUGUUUGUUGUGGCUUGAUUCAGAUGAGUAGUAGUGCCUGCGAUUGUCUGCCAACUCUGUUGUUCUUCUGCUUUUUUUUUUAGAUUAGAUCUAAGUUCUCAGGAAACUGACCUUUAUUCCAGUGAAACAGAUGCUCAUUGGUGGACAAAGAGGACAUUUUAGAAUGAUUAAAAUGUUGGCAUCAGGUUCUGCAUGGUAAAACCCACCAUGGGGUAAAAGUUAUGUUAUGGAUUUGGACUGUCCCUCUCUUUGCAUAAGCAAAUUCAUGAUCAAUUUCAAAUUUAAGUCUGCAAUCUAAAAAACACAUCAAAGAUUGACAAAAUUUUGAAACUUCUUGGAGUCAGUACAUCGAAAAUUUCAAGCAAACUCCUGCACAGCUGUCUAAGGCUGGAUAUAUAUACCUGCUGUUUUACCUUGAUUGAGCAUAUGCAUCUGGCUGCUGGUAUUCUUGUAAAUAUAUUUGUCUAUAUGUAACGCAUGUUAGCUCUAGAGCAGUGGUUCUCAACUGGUCAGGCAUUAAGACGUACCACCUCCUCCUUCAGAGAAAUCACGACCCAAUUUUUAAAAAAUCUUCAUUUAUAUCAUGAAUGUUUGUUAAUCUGUAUUCUUGGCUACCAUUACACCAUGAAGACAAGAGACUCAAAAAAUGUUGAUAUUUGGACCCUAAAUAGAAAAACUUAUUGCACAAAGAGACGGGACAAAACAAACACAUUAGAAAAGCACAUCAUUACAGAAGGAUUUGCACGCAUUAAUCUUAUCUUACUCCAUUUUCCAGAGAUAGUAUGAAAGUUUGGUAAGUUUAAAACUGGUAAACUAGCUUUAAUUCCCAACAAAAGGGAGAUAAAUAGGUAGAAAUCUUGAGAAAAAUACUGACUUUUACACAUAAUCAUUGGAAAACCUAAAAAUAGCACAUGUAUGAAAUUACUGUAUGUCCACUUAGGGCUUUUAUAGAUGGAGUUUUUGUCACGUUUUUUUUUCCCUGGCACACAUUCAUGACCCACGAGAAAGAGCUUCGCGACCCACUUUUGGGUCCUGACCCACCAGUUGAGAAUCACUGCUUUGAGGGUACAUACAAGCUCAGGAUGUAUACAGCUACCUGAUGUGUGGGAUGUAAACUACAAACAUGACGACAGUGAAUAAGGUGAUGGUUCUGAGCUCAAACUAACAUAAUAAACAUCAGUAAUCAGUGGUAACAACAGAUCAGCUCAGACUGAUGCCUGUUGGUUAGAUCAGCACUGUCUGCACUUUUAUCCAACAACAUUUUCCUCCAUGCACAAACGUAAUGCUUCCACUGUGUGGUUUAAUAAGUGACGUGUUAACUCCAGAUUUUCAGAUAACUGUUUGCUGCUCGUCGCUACAGAGGCUGAUAAAAAGACAAAAAAAAACAAAAAAACAAAACAGAAUCUAUCCAUCCUAGCUAGUUUGAUGGACAUGCUUGUCUCUGUGCGGUGACAAUAACACAGAUGUGGAUAAUUGUGGCCUUGGUUUAUUAUUAUGAUUACUAUUAUCAUUAUACAUUUUUAUUAAUAUUACUAUUAUUAGAUUGUCUUGAAUACUUUCAGCGGUUCUCCCUGCUGCUGUGCUGACCGUCCACCCCCACACUUCCUCUACCACAUGUGUUUACCAAAUCUGGCCAUCAUGUUGUGUUCAUUUUUGAGGACAUGCACAGCUGACAGGUCAAACCAACUCUGGAGGGGCAUGGCAGCCAUGAUGCAUUUGCAUAGUUGACAGCAAAUAUAUCUCCAGCCCAACAGCAUGCAAUGGGAGCAAUCACCAUCAACGCAAUUCCUAUUUUUCCUCUUGGAGUAUUUUAACAGCCUGUGAGUGAUGCAUUGCAAAGCAGCGUGCUGUUUUUACACUGUUGCUCUGUGUCUGACAUGAAUAAUUUUGAUUUUCCUUUACUUUUCUCACUCAACAGAGCCUGUUUGCUUGUUUUACAAAGUAGAGAUAGUGGCGCAUUAAUUAUAUUCAUAUCCGUGUUUGAAAUGUUACACUUUGACUCAGCACUGAGGCAAAACUGUCCAGAUCAUGGCUGACAAAUGCUCGUCAGCACAAAGCACCACACUUCCUCUAUAAGUAUUCAAAGUUAAAAUGCAAACAGUCAUUCUGUUCAAUUGGAAAACUUAGGUCUAAAGAGCAAUGUAUUAAAUAUUUGACCACUGCAGUGCGGACAGUGACUUCUGACGCUUGCAUGCUGUUUAGACAGAUAAAACUGCACAAAUAAGUUUCAACAUGUAUUUGCAAUUAAGACAGCUUGCAGGAGUUUGCUUGCAACUAAAACAAAAAAUCAAACAAUAUUGGGUGCCUUGAACUUCUGCUUUUGUUGCCAUGAUAUCCAAAAAGGAUCAACAUCAUUUGAUUUUUGCUAGUAUCAUAUUGAUCCUCAAAUUCCAGCAUUAUGACUGUAUUGCAUGCUGUACAGUAAAAUCUGAAAUAGGUCACUGAAUUUGAUUAAAUAAGAGCUUUCAACAUCAAUGAAAGUUCUUGUUCUUUUAAUGUGACAUUUUUAUUGCUCCAUCUAUUUACAGAAGGCGCCCAGAACAUUUAGUGUUACGAGGACAUUGGUCUGUUAAAGUAGAAAUGAUCCAAGCAAACGCUCCUUCCCUCCGUCGAUGUUUACAUUUCUCUGUAAUUUAAGAAUUGAUGGCCUGCAGAGUCUUUGCUGAAUAAAAUCACUUUAGGGAUGUAAAAGGAAACACAAACACCACACGGCUCCUAAUUAAACUUCAUGUUGCUUAACUUUAGCUCAGUUGUGUGUAAUGAGAUGAAAACCUGCUUUGCUCUAUUUAAAGAUGAAUGUCAGUACAAACCUGGGCUUAAACAAGAAGCGAGUAGGUGCUAGUUUUUAAUCUUUGUUUGUUCAAGCUUUUGAUUUUGUUCAGCUCUGUUUAAGUAACACUGAAAUACUUCCACUAUUGAGAAUUCAAGCCUUAAAUAACAAACCUAAAGAACCGUUCAAUCUAAAAAAGCUCCACUUAGACUCAACUGUGAGACUCUUUAGAGCUGGUAACGUAGACUCUAACAGAGAAAGAACUAUCAGUGGAUGAUCCUCGUUUUGGAAGAUGUCGCUAUGUUUACUUGACCUCUGAAUGGCUGCACUCUGCGUUUGCUUUGGUGGCGGGUUCAAAAAGAUGCAACAAAGGGGCAUGAAUCACUCAAUAUGAUGAUUUUUUGUCUAUUUUGUAAAAUCUGUGAAAUUCAAACAUUGUCUUCUUGUUUUAAAGGGUUUAUAUGCAAAAAGAGAAAUGUUUUCAAGUUUUGACAAUGUUCUUAUGUAAAAUAAAACCUAUUUUGGUA